CAGCAACAAGCAGCGCGAGGAGGAGAGAAAUGGAUGACAACUUUCAGCUCGGAGAUGUUGGGUCGGCAAAAAAUGUUGCAAAGUCUGGACGAAGAGCUCGCCUUGCAGCAGACCAAUUGUCUUUUGAAGAUGCUCGCCCCGUUCGGAAGUCCUCCACAUCUGCUUCUAUGGGAGAAGAGGACGACGAGGGUCCUCCUCCUAAACCGGCCCGGCGGCAGGGUGGCUGGGCAGAAGAAAGCUCUGCUUCCGGUUCUGCCAAAUCUUCAAGAAGACCUGCAGCUGAAGACCUGGAAGACCGCCGCCUGCGACCACAGACUCCCCAGGGAUCAGAUGAUGAAGGAGAUAUUCCAGUGAUUCCAGACCUCGAUGAAGUACAGGAAGAAGAUCUAACAAUGCAAGUUGCAGCUCCACCAAGCAUCCAGGUGAACCGGGUAAUGACCUACAGAGAUCUGGACAAUGAUCUGAAGUAUUAUUCUGCGUUCCAGACCUUAGAUGGAGAGAUUGACUUGAAGCUACUCACCAAGGUUUUGGCACCAGAACAGGAGGUGAAGGAGGAUGAUGUGAACUGGGACUGGGAUCAUCUGUUUACAGAGGUGUCCUCAGAGCUGCUGAUGGAAUGGGAUCAAGGAGAGAGUGAGGAGCAGGUUGCAUUGCCUGUAACAUGAGGUGGAGCUUUGGACUGUGACUUUAAACGGCUCAAGGGAGAACUGGGUGAAUGUCUAUUACACAGACGGGCCAGUGACUUUGGUUAUAGUAACUUUAAUUGCUAUUUGUUAUCCAGAAUGUAUAUAUUUUAAAGCGUAAAUACAGUGUUUCUUGUAUUUUCUAAAUAAAGUUCACGGUGCAGUGAA